CAGCAAAGGCAAUCAGCUAUGCAUAUCCAUAUAUGCUUCCCUUUUCAGAUGCUUUUCCCUUAUAGGUCAUUGCAGACUAUCAGGUAGAUUUGCCUGUGCUGCAGAGUAGGUCCUGUUACUUACCCAUUUCAUAGAAACUUGUGUAUACAUGUUCACCCAAACCUCUUAACUCAUCCUUGCCCCCAGCGUUUCCCCUUGGGUAACCAUAAGUUUGGUUCUGAUAGGGAGAAGAGGAUGGGGUGCCUUUGAUCUUUUUCAGCUCCCCGAAGUCCUCUUCUCCGAAUAGAGUCAGCCUGUGUAGGGCUCACCCAUGGGACUUCGGUGAACUGUAAAUAUGCCUUUCAAGGCUCUAACCCCAAAGACAGUCCCUUGGGCUGUUUGGGCUCCAACAGAUGAAUGUUUGUUUUGUUUUGAGGGUAGGAAAUAGCUGAGUGUGUUUCUAGGGUAAAGAGAAGGACAAAAACAGGGACAGAGGUUCAGGAAACCCAACAAACACUGAUGUACACAGAUCCGAGAGAGUGGCGGAAAGGGGGUCAAGGUUGUAGGUGAGGCUAAGGCUUGGAGAAGAGGAAGGGGUUUGUUCUCUGGGCAAGGGGAGGAAGAAGAGGCAGAUUUGGAGAAGCACAGUCACACUGUGCAGCUGGUUGCGGAAAUAACCUUGGACUUUCUUCAUACCGGCUCUGUUGACAUGCUCAGAGGCUGGGGGUGUCACCUGGUGUUCCAGAAAGACGAUGACCAGAAUGUCCACUGUUUUCCAUGCGUUCUUUGCCCACAAGGUGGAGCACGAAAGCAAGACCCAUAAUGGGCGGAGCUUCCAGAGGACGGGGACACCUGCCUUUGAGCGGGUCUACACUGCCAACCAGAACUGUGUCGAUGCAUACCCCACCUUCCUCGUGGUGCUCUGGAGUGCAGGUCUCUUCUGUAGCCAAGUUCCUGCCGCCUUUGCUGGACUGAUGUACCUGUUUGUGAGACAGAAGUACUUUGUCGGCUAUCUGGGAGAGAGGACCCAGAGGGCCACACCUGCAGCAUGCGGAAGUUAUGCUGGCCUACACCACAGCCUUGGCAAUGACAAAUCCGAGCUUUGGCCACGCAGGAUCCUCAGCCAACUGAGUGAGGCCAGGGAUCGAAGUCACAUCCUCAUGGAUACUAGUCGUGUUCUUAACCUGCUGAGCCACAACGGGAAUGCCUGAAAUUUUUGAAUGAGCAAAUAAAUACCAUUAAACAAAGAGAAAGGCCACAACGGAAGAUUGCCUUUUCUAGGAAGCCCUUCCUGACUCCAGCAUUUCUAGCAUUGCCCCCAACAUCCCAUGGCAUCCUAAACACAUCUCAACCACAGCAAAUCCAUAUGACAAUGUCAAGAUGUUUAUGAGUAUGUCACCCUUCCUUCCCCACUGAGUCAUCAGCUCUUGAAUGUCCCCAGUGUCCUAUUUAUUUUGUUUUUCCUGUGCCAAGCUUCUAGACUGGCACAUAGCAGGCACCCAAUGACUCAAACUAUUUGAGAACUCUGAAAAUAUCCUGUACAGUGAUAUAUGGUAGGAGACAGAAGGCAUGAGUUAUGAGAUAAGAUUGUUUUUCUAACGGUUUUAAUAAAUUGUGGGGAAAUGCACAAACAAAAACAAAU